UGAAGCUUUGCCCCGCCGAUCGUCCAGAAUUAAAUUUUUUCUGCAUUUCUGGGUAGGUCCACUUUUUUAUGUAUACAUAUAAACUUGACUCGUUUAGCUCUGUUGGACCACCCGAUGGCCCAAUGUUGUACGUCAAUAUGGCGGAUAAAGCGAAACACACACGAGGGCAACACGAUUGCUGUCGGCCAUCUGUCGGCUCAUGACGUUUCGUAUGCGCCUAUUCGCUCGCACCUGGUUUUCUGACUUCUUCCAGCACAUGACCGGCAAUUUAGGCAACGAAGCAAAUGCUGUCGAACAAGUCGGCCGAGCUGCAGCAAUGAAAAAGAAAAAUUUUUGUUUGUACGACAAAGCGAAAUUCGUCGCCAUAUUGAAUACGAAGUGAGUGGUGUCAAGUUGUGUAGUGUACAGAGAAAAUUAUGCAGAUUUUCAUUUUAACUUGGAAUUUGCAAACAAAUUUUAGUAAAUCAACAAUUAAGCACAACUAGUUCGUGUAUAUGUAUUUGUAUGAUUGAAUGUGUUUUAGUAACACAUUUUAGUGGUAAACAUUAAGAAUACAUACAUACAUAUAUGUGUAGUGAUAAAAUUGGCUCUUGUUAAGCAUACGUCGAUCGAUGUGUGUGCGUGUGUAAACGGCCGGGACUGUGCUGGAGUGAAAAAAAUUGUUCACAAGUACCUAUUGUUUGCACCUUGUUGAUAAGUUUAUCUGGGAAGAUUGCGCUGCAUAGGAGUGUUCGUCGUCAGUUUUCUUGAACAUAACCUAUAAUUGCGUGUGGCGAGAUGGAGGCGAGCACCACAUCAGCGGCGGCUCCAACGCAGGCAUCUUCCAAUGACCAGGAAGAUCUGUUGGAUUUCCAUCCAGGUUUAUCUGAAGAAGAGCGUCGUUUCUACAUAAGGGCAUAUCCGAAUGUUGAUCUGGUGCGAGAGCGCAAGGUGCAUUGUACUAUUUGUAAGAUGCAUAUCGGCACUGCCCCAAUCCAAGAAGAUAUCAUCAAAAUGCAUCCGGUGCUGCGUGUAACACACUGCACCAAAUGUCAUGAUUUCUACAAUAGCGGUGAAUUCAGUAAAGGCGAAGAUGGCUCAGAGCUAUAUUGCCGCUGGUGUGGGCAAGGCGGAGAGGUUUAUUGCUGCUCAAGCUGCCCUUAUGUGUUUUGCAAGUCAUGUAUCGUUAAGAAUUUGUCUCGUGGUGUAGUAGCCGACAUUGAACAAAAUGAAAAUUGGAAUUGCUUCAGCUGUGCACCGAAAAUACUUUGGCCGUUGCGAGCGCAGCACUGGGCAUUGAUUCGCUAUAUAGAUAAACAAAAGAAGCACAUUGAGGCAACAUGCCUUAGUGAAACUGAAAAGAAAACGCUCAUGGCACAAGAUCGCUCUACUUGCUGUCGUCUAGCCAAGUCUAAGUGUGGCAACAUGUCGGACUCUAUGGAGAGUUUGGAUUCUACGGCAUCACGUCGCAGUCACAAUAGCACCAGUGCAAAGAAGCAAUCAAAAUCGCCUGGUUCGCAUCCACAAACACCCGCUGCCAAGCGUAUGAAAACAUCAAAUGAUGAAGUCGUCUGCACUCCCGAUUUGUUGAGCAUGUUGGAGCCUGAUUGUCAAAUUACUGUACCACAGAAGACCCGCCCUUCUCCGUCGCCAAUGACGUCUACACCGAAGAUAAUAUCCUUGCAAGCCAAUGCACAGGCUCAAAAUAGUAGUGGCAUGACUCUAAAACCACAUAACAAUACACCACCGCCAUUGGUGUUGCGUAACACCGGCAUACCAAUGCGACAUCCUUCGCCUGCACCUGUUGUGCGGCGUACAAUUAUUGGUGCACGCAAUGCUACAUCGACUGGAAAUCAUACACCCGUUUAUCAUACCAUUAAUGGCUAUCGCAUCGAUUUGAAUUCAGCAGCCCAGCAAGAAACAUUCCGUUUACCAAAUGGCAAGCUAAUACAAGUGAAACGCCAGGGAACAAACAAUGUUCAGGCCGCCACUUCACCACAAGUGGGUAAUAACCCUUGGAUGCGCCAGGCAAGUCCAAUUGCGUCUAUACAGCACGCUGCAUCUGGUCGUCCUAUACAAAUAACCCCAGCUAGUUCACAUGCGACACAACACUACUAUACAGUGCAGCAGCAGCAGCAACAGCAUCAUCAGCAACAACAACAGCAGCAGCAGCAGCAGCAGCAACAACAACAACAAAAUGCAAUGCACCACCCACAAAUGAUACGCUACAGCAAUACCACAGUUACACCAGUUGGUGGUCAAAAUGGCGCUGUCAGGGCCGCACAAAUACAGGUGAUUAAUGGCGUGCCAGUAGCACCUCACGUUGCACAAACAGCAGCACCAAAUGCAAAUGUCGCUACCGCAGCUCGUGCGCCACUCAUGGUGCGUCAUGUCUUCCCUGACACGGCCUUCGGUCAAGCACGCACUCAGCUUCAAGAACAAGUAUUCAAUGCCAUGGAAAUUUGCCAACAUCUAACUGGCAAAGUGCAAACACUGACCAAUUCGAAUGCCUACAAGACGGCACGUAAUUACCUCGAAGUGAAGGAACUCUACAUCCAUCUUUCAUAUUUGUUAACCUACGCAAUUGGACGCUUCAAGGGCUUGCAGGAUAAAUGCUUAGCUGAUAUGCGGCAAUUGGGCUUCGUUAAAGAUGCCGAUAGUUUGGAUAAUGGGCAGUUGGCAGCAGGCGUCGACUAUGUCCGUUAUGGUCAACUUGAAGAUAUAGAUCUUUUCAAUACCAGCUCAAAUAGCUUCCAUAAUCAGGUAUAUGAGUAUCGCAAGAGUUUGUAUGCGAAUUUGGAGAAUGGAAAUGGUGACAUUAAGAAACCGCCUCUGUCUCCGCUAAUGCCGCUGGGUCAAAGUAGACGCAAUGCUGAUGUCGAUGCUGGUGAAGACGACGAGGAGGAUUAUGGCGAUAUGAAUGAUGAGACAGGCGAAACCAGCUGGAUGAAAAACAACAAUGAUACAAGGGCUGUGGGUGAUAUGACACAAAUGGAGUCCACCUACAAAGAACCAGAGUCAUCAUAUUAUGAUAAUGAGACGACAUUCGAUGAAACUGCAAAUGAAGAUGUGGACGCGACGGCAGAAGUUGAUUUGGACGAUGAGGAGCCCGACGCCGAUGUAGCUGAUGAUGGCGGUUUCGAACAGUAUGCCGCACAACAACCGUCACGUUACAGCAACAAGGCACAUUAUGGUACUGAGGAUUACAUGAGCCACGAAGAGCAAACACAUGCACGCGAUCGCAAAUUGGCGCGUCUCAUACAACAGUAUCCGGCUAUUUGGUGUACACGCCAUGCCGAUUAUGGCAACUUCGAAGUAACACGCAAGCACUGGCGCACCAUAGCAUCACAUUUCAAGCGCACCGAAAACAUUAAGUUGCGUUGGAAGAAUAUACGCAAGCGUUAUGUCCGAGUGGAGCGACGCGUACGCGAAGGCAAGCGCUUCAAUGGCUACUUUGACAAGACCACAAACUUUCUGGCCAAUCGCGAUUUGCCCGAAGAUCAGUGGGUCGAGGUGGAUUGCGGUAGUGAGGAUGGUGAUGGUUUCGACCGCAAACAACUCGACGUGAUCGAAAAGAAACUACAUAAGGACGAGAAAUCACGAUUAUGGAACGAAAAUAAUGGCGGCGAUGCUGGUGACAAUUAUGGCAUACCAUCGGAAGAUAGUGAGAAACCAAUUGAAGUGCGAGCUUUGGAUAUGAAAAUCAUAAAUUUUGUCAAAUGUAAUCCGGUGUUAUGGCGUAAAUCCCCUGAUCCGCAAUAUAAUCACAUCGACGAACAAUCACGAAAGUCGCUUUGGGUACACUUGUGGAAAACAACGCGACUGCAAAAUCUAACUUGUGAAGAUAUAAUGGAUCGUUGGGCACAUCUUUACGAAAUGUAUAAGUCUUUUCGCUUAAAAACCAUCAAGGACGAAACAAAGAGGGCUAAUUUGGAAUUAAAAUAUUCAAAAUAUCUAGCCAAACUCUAUUUCCUAUACAAAAUUGUUGAGGAAGAUUUGCGCAAUGAGCAUUGCAAUAAUAUUGACAUUGAUUUAACGAAAGAUAUGCCCGAAAGUGAGCGGCGUAUGCAAGAUGAUCCGGAUGAUAAGGAGUUUAUGGUGCAACUGGUGCGUUGUGUGCAACAUUACAGCAUGCUGUGGGAUAAAUUGAAUAUAGACUACUAUGAUACAGUGUUGCGCUCAAAUAUUUGGCAAGAUAUUGCUAGUGAGUUAAAAGAUUUCAAACGUAAUGCUGAAACUAUUAAAAAGCGUUGGCAGCUUGCCCUCUUCAGCUAUCAGCGUUAUAGGCGCGAUCGUCGCACAUUCCCGAAGGAUAAACCAUUGCCAAAAUAUUGCCGAAAUUUACCAGUGGAUGAAAUGUUUUUCCUCGAUUGAAAAUAAGUGAAAUAGAUCUCCUUUUAUUAAGAAAAAAGUAUAUGCAUAUAUGUAUAAGAAUGAAUUUAAUUAUAGCAUUCACAUCAUGUAGUCCAUACUCGUAUUAAGCUUUCAUGAUACAUUUACAAAAAUUUUAUAUAAAAUUAAAUCGUGGUAUUUUCAUGGCCAAAAUUAUUAUAAUUUGGAAUUAUGUGUUUAAAAAGCAUCCCAUGGUGUGUGUGCAAUGCAAUGAUAAGGGCGUGCCUCGCCAAAUUUGCGCGUUUAUUGCUAUCGAUGCUCGAAUAGGGACAAAAAAACUGCUGAAAUAGCGUUUCUUAAGAAAGCUUUUUCUAAAAGAAAAAGCUAAUUACUUAAGAAAAAAGCAAUUAAUUUUAAGUCUUUAUGAAAAGAACAUCGGGUUUAAUGCUGACCUGAUUAAAAAUGUAAAAUUUUAGGUUAUUUUCAAUAAUUUUAUAAAAACGUAUUAUGUAUUUCAGUAAUUUUUUUAUUAGAAUUAAUCAUUAAACUCAUAUAACACCAUGCUUGCAUGUACGUACGUACGAACAUAUAUUGAUCUAACUUUUAUAAAUUAAUGAUUACGCAAUUAAAAUAUGUUUAAAUACAAAAAUAAUUUAAUCUUUUAAAGCUUAAAUAAUAUAUCUACUGAACCCCCCUUUUUACUAGAAUGCUCGUCCGUUCGACAACUCCAUGUGAGUUAUUCGCUCAGAGAGACGGAAAAGCAAAGCGUUUUGCUGCCAAAUCGGGAAACAAAACAUGACAUUUUUCCGUGUGAAUACUCAAAAAGUGCUUUUGGUCACUUUUCGGAAAUUAAUUUCGAAACUAAAACUUGCUCGUGCGGCACUAUGUAGUAAUGUUGAUUUUUCAAAGUUCACUUUUCGGAAAUCAAAAACUAAACCUUUUGAUACUGUUGAGUUUGACGCACAUUUAGAAAUUACUUGCAUUACUUGCGAAUUACUUGCAACAGUGUAAUCUGCUUUUAAAAUGUUUGUGCUUAAUUGCUGUGAUAUCUCUUUAGUGCCCGCAAAUGCUAGCUGCACAUUAAAUUUAUAUUAAAAUGAUUUUUCUUUUUUUUUUC